UAUUCCGCGGCACGGCUCAGACGCAGCGGAGAGUGGCUCCUGAGAGCAGAUGCAGAGUCAGAUACGACCAAAACUGAGCGGUAUUUGCGUUAAUGUAACGCCAACUCGUCUCUCCUUGAUGUUUAUCAGGGGGACGAGCGUCAACCAAGAUUUACCCAACUGAGGAUUGUAUUUAUUUAAAACCCUGGAUUGAUUUUAUUUUUUUGUUGUUGGAGACGCUGCGCUGCAUCGGAUUUAACGGAUCUACUACCGUUAAGCUUCGUCUCAUCUCUGUGUGCCUUCGGUUGGCAGCACAACCCGUCUCCUCUCAGCGUUUUGUUCUUCUUUUGCGAAAAUAAAAAUCACAGGAGUCCUUUUCAGUUUUAACCUCAAAAUAUGCUGCUAUCAAAGUUUGGUUCUUUUUCCCACAUCUGCAGCCCGAACAGUGUGGACCAUUUACCGGUGAAAAUUCAGCUUCAGCCAGUGAAAGUGGAGCCAGAGCCGUUUGAGAAGGUCUAUCAGGUGGGCUCCGUGUUGGGAAGCGGGGGAUUUGGGACCGUCUACGCUGGCAGUCGAAUUUCUGACAGUUUACCGGUCGCAGUUAAACAUGUUGCAAAGGACAGAGUUACAGAAUGGGGAUCCAUUAAUGGUGUGAUGGUGCCUCUGGAAAUCGUGCUGCUGAAAAAGGUAGGCUCCAACUUCAGAGGAGUCAUAAAGCUGCUGGACUGGUACGAGAGACCGGACGGAUGGCUGAUCAUCAUGGAGAGACCGGAGCUUGUCAAAGACUUGUUUGAUUUCAUCACAGAGAAGGGUGCCUUGGACGAGAGCACGGCCCGGGGCUUUUUCCGGCAAGUAUUGGAGGCUGUUCGGCACUGCUACAGCUGCGGCGUCGUGCACAGAGACAUCAAAGAUGAGAACCUGUUGGUGGACCUGCGCACCGGAGAGCUCAAGCUGAUCGACUUUGGCUCUGGGGCCAUCCUCAAGGACACGGUGUACACUGAUUUUGAUGGUACGAGAGUGUACAGCCCUCCGGAGUGGAUACGUUUCCAUAGAUACCACGGCCGCUCAGCCACCAUUUGGUCACUAGGGGUGCUGCUGUAUGACAUGGUGUGUGGAGACAUUCCCUUUGAGCAGGACGAGGAGAUCCUCAGAGGACGGCUUUAUUUCAGACGGAGAAUCUCAGCAGAGUGCCAGCAGUUGAUUAAGUGGUGUUUGUCCCUGAGGCCUUCAGACAGACCAACUCUGGAGCAGAUCUUUGAACAUCCAUGGAUGCGUCACGCUGAAGCAUCAAAGACGGAAGAGGGUGACAUCCGGCUACGUACCAUCAGUGCGGACAAUUCCAGCAUGAGCUCCAGCAAAGAGAGCCUCUGAAAGAUAAAAUACAUGUUGCUUUAAAAAAAAAAAAAAAAAAAGAGCUGGGACUCAACAGACUCUUAAUCUGCAUCCUUACAUUGUCAAGCUUGCAGAUUUUUUUUUCUUUUGUAGGGAAUCAUAAUUUAUUACAGUGUGCUCUUCCUUUCAACCUUUUUAUUGUUAUUAUUAUUUUUUACAAUUCAUAAACUUUGUUUCCUAAAAGGGGAACAUUUGCUGUUUGGGUGGACUUACCAGCACUUAUUAUUAUUAUUAUUAUUAUUAUUAUUAUUAUUAUUAUUUUAUUGUUACAAAGCUGGUUUAUGCAUCUGGCAAGCCUCCUACACAGAUGUGGCUGCUCUCAUAGAGCUUGGACAACUUUUUAUUUAAAUGUUUUAAUUUUUGAUUUGGAGUGCCUUUUUGAAAGCUGCUGUUUUGGGGCUUUCAUUGUUGCUUUUAUUUUGUUUGAAAGUUUCCCUUGAGCUGGUUCACAGGUUACGUGGUGUUUGGUGAAAGACCAUUGCACAUAAACCUUCAGCCAGCUGAAGGGUUUGACAGUGGGGACAAGGGGUUGAUCGAUAGAAAUACUUGAAACGCACACACUCACUGCGUCUCUUUCUAACGCUGCUCAGUCAGAUUUUAGCCUAUAUGGGUUGUCUAGAAAAAAAAACUGUUUUUCUUUCUCUGAAUGUGUAUAGAGAUUUGGUAUAACCGCUGUACCUUCUGAGGGGCUGGAACGCUCCUUCCCCUCAGCUUACUCUUCUGCUCCUCAUCCCACUGCUGAAACUACAUUAGUCUGUCUCCUGGGUUUUGGGGGACCUGGGUGUGAAAAUGCACAAUCAAUGCAAUAUUCAUAAAUCCUUUUUUUCCCUCUUCUUUUUUAAAAGUUAAACUUGUACAGUUUUUUUGUACAGUUUUCUUCUUUGCAUUUAAUUUAUUUGUAACGUGUAGACAUUCCACACUCUGUGGCUAUUUAUUUUUUAUUUAUUUUCAUGCUUAAAAUCCCAAAAUUUGCAUAUCUUUUUAUGGCCUUUUGUUUGCAUUCCUGUUGUCAUUUUUUACAUUUUGACAAGAGAUGGUGGAUGCACUGAAGCUGUUGUCAAUGUAAAAAGGAAUAAAAACAAGGUUUACUUAAAUUGAAAGAGCAAUGAAUGUUAUUUAACUUCUCCUGGCUGUUGUCAUUUUAAAUCAAAAGUCCAUUAAUGUUGUUUUUUUGGGUCUGUGUAAUCUCCCUAAAACAGAUGAAAGUGUUUGGCGAAAUUGCGAUGGGAUGGGGUUUACCUAUCACUGGCUGCACAGCCUUGUGUUAGAUAUUCUCUCUAUAGUAAAAGUUGUAUGAAACCCAGUGGAAAUCCUAUUUUUAUACAAGAGCAUUUCAAUUAAACUUCAAUUUGUACAGAA